GGGGUGGGGGGGAUGUUUGUAGGCUUUUGUGCUGCUGCUUUAGAUCCCUGAGAUCUUCUCUUGUGUGUUAGAUUUGGGUGCAGCUGCAGAAUCUGGCCUGCUUGCUGUGCAGCUCAUAGGAAGCUGGGGCCUGGGGCAGGUUUGCUGUUGCCAUUAUGGCCCAAAGGGCCUUCCCGAAUCCCUACGCAGACUAUGACAAAUCCCUUGCCACAGGAUACUUUGACUCUUCAGGGCGGCUGACUCCCGAGUUCACUCAGCGCCUGAACAAUAAGAUCAGGGAGCUGCUUCAGCAGAUGGAGAGAGGCUUGAAAUCUGCCGACCCCAGGGACUGCACUGGCUACACUGGCUGGGCAGGCAUUGCUGUGCUUUACUUGCACCUGUAUGAUGUGUAUGGAGACCCUUCCUACCUCCAGAUAGCAGAGGCGUACGCAAAGAAGAGCUUGAAUUGUCUGACAAAGCGCUCCAUCACCUUCUUGUGUGGGGAUGCUGGACCUUUGGCAGUGGCUGCCGUUGUGUACCAUAAAUUACGGGAUGAGAGGCAGUCGGAAGCCUGCAUCACUCGCUUGCUUCAGCUGCACAAACUUGACCCGCGAGCACCUGAUGAAAUGCUCUAUGGGCGCAUGGGAUACCUUUACGCACUGCUGUUCGUGAACAAGCAUUUUGGAGAGGAAAAAAUCCCUCAAAACUAUAUUCAACAGGUCUGCGAUGAAGUCAUGGCAUCCGGGGAGAGUCUGGCCAAAAGGAGGAACUUCACAGCCAAGAGCCCGUUGAUGUAUGAGUGGUACCAGGAGUAUUACAUAGGGGCCGCCCAUGGCCUGGCAGGAAUUUAUUACUACCUCAUGCAGGGGCUCAGAGCUGCCAGCUUAAAAGAGAACUCUGUCUAUAUAGUUUUUGGCCAAUGUGGAGCAAUUAGAGGAGGACAUGGAGGAUCCACUCCUGCUUUCAAUGAGCCCGGCCUUGGUGUUAGCCAAGUGAAGUUGCAUAACACAGUCAAACCCAGUGUGGAUUAUGUCUGCCAGCUGAAGUUCCCAUCAGGCAACUACCCCCCCUGUAUUGAUGAUGCCAGAGACCUGCUUGUCCAUUGGUGUCACGGGGCACCUGGCGUGAUCUACAUGCUCGCACAGGCCUAUAAGGUGUUUGCUGACCAGCAGUAUCUGAGUGACGCGCUGCAGUGCGCGGAAGUGAUCUGGCAGUGGGGAUUGCUGAAGAAAGGUUAUGGGCUGUGUCAUGGGACAGCUGGCAACGCUUAUGCCUUCCUAAUGCUGUACAACCUCACUCAAAACAUGAAAUACUUGUACAGAGCCUGCAAGUUUGCAGAGUGGUGUUUGAGUUAUGGGGAGCAUGGAUGCCGGACUCCAGACACGCCCUUCUCUCUCUUUGAAGGAAUGGCUGGGACAAUAUAUUUUCUUGCUGAUCUCCUGGUACCAACAAAGGCCAAGUUCCCAGCAUUUGAGCUGUAAAACCCUUCCCAGCAGUUUCCUGCACGAAUCCCACUGCACUCCACAUCCGUUGGACAAGGAGAUGGAGCUUCCUUGAGUCUCUUUUCAAACUCAUCUCUUGUAAAGUUCUGUUCUUGAUGGCUUCAGUUCUUUUCCAUAUUUAAAAUUUUUCUAGUGCUCUUUUUGCUUUGUUUAGCUUUUUUAAAAAAACAACCCGUGGUUUUUGUUAUUGGUUCCUAAAGAUGGGAAAUGUACAGUAUUUUGUUGGAUAUGCAAACUCAGAGCUUUGCUAUUUUAUGUAUCUGAAUUCCAGGGAGAAUGUAACUUUGUCCAUUUAACUUUGUCAUGAGUAACAGGGAUAGAAGCUUAGAGUAUUGUCUUUGGAAAACAAAAGAUGAAAUCUUACGACUAUUACCUCCUGUUGGCACCUAAGUAUUCUCUGUCCUAAUCAUGGAGGUAGGCAGUUCUAACUGAGCUGCUCCUUGGGCAGUUGACUGUGAUGGACUGUGGAGUCGGAAGUUAUUUCUUAUGCCAUCCUCUUGGCAGACUGCAACUGUCACAGCUAUCACUGACAUGCCAGAGUCUUCUCUUAAACCUCACACCUUUCUGCUUUAUAAGCAGACUGUGUUUCACUCUUUGUCCAUUUUGUCAGUGACGAGAAUACAUAAUCCAUAACCUAUUGUGCAGAUUCACCAUAUUCUGCUAAACGCUACAGGAGAAAGCCUUCAGUCACUGAAAGUGUCAGUUCAAAAGAGUUAAGUUACUGCCAAGUGUGAUCUUUCAUGUUCAGUUUUGAAAGCUUUCUGCGGUCUUGACUUAAAAUUAUAUGUAACAUUACCGUUGUUAGACUGGUGAACCAGGCCUGGAAACAGAAGUUGUGGGAAAAGAAACCUAUUUCAGUAAAUUUUGUCAGUGUUUAAUCUGUUAUAUUUGUAGCUUUACUUGCUUCUUAAUCCCUCCUACUUCUUUAAUCAGCUUCCAUGAACCUUAGUAACUCAGCUCGCUUGUUACUACUCUAUUGUAGCCUGAUACAUGAACAAGAAUCCAUCCGAAAAGUAGCUGGGAAAUCUGCCCAAAUUGGUAUUUAUCCAAUACCUUGUCCAGUCAAUGGGCUAGAUCCUCGUUGGCUGUAAAUUGGAAUUAAUCCAUUGAUGGAGCUUCACUCACUUACACCUGCUGAGGAUCUGUCCUAGUAAACACUUGUCCUGCUAACGAAUGUGCUCUGGUAAAGGAGCACUCUCCAUUAGCUGCUGGAUUCCUGAACCUGCUUCUUGGCUCUUCCAUUGGCUGCUGGAUGCGACCUCCUAUUCCUCACCUUGCCCCAGGCCUGAAGAAAGGUGGAAAUGGUUUUGAUAUUUCCAGGCUGCUGAUAGUGAGUAGCUAGAAACACUAAUAGAGCCUAAAGACUGCAUCUCUCUUAGAAAAUCAUCUCCUGCCCACUUACGUGAACUGCCUGAGCAAGCAGCGUAAACUGUAUUCUGCACAGACUCCUUUGCCACUGCAGGCAGUGCUUUCGUUGACUUUCUCACUAAAGGUUUCAGCAUUGAUUGUGUGGACAGCUAAUUAGAAAAAUUGGAAACACAGUGGAGCUAAUUUACUGUUCGCUGGGUGUCCCAGUUAAAAGCAUCAAGCUCAUUUGGACUAGCUAAGACUCUCACUGCAGUGUUUCUGAGUUUUUAACACUGCGGUGAAUAACCAAAAAAAAAAAAAAGUGACCUCCAGGAAGGAGGAUUUGAGUAAUUGAAUAGUUCUGGGGAAGUGCUAUAGAUGAAGCCUACUGUAAGUUAACUUGCAUCUUGCCUGUAGUGACAACUGAUUUGAGACCCCGUCUUGGUUUUUUGGAUUUCUGUUAAACAGAAUUCCUAUUAAAGAAAGAGUUCAUGCAGCCUGUUGCAGAGUAUUCCAGCAGCAUGUAUGCUACUGUGCUUGGAUGUACUACUUGAAAAGAGCUGGGGACAUGGUGUACAACUCUUAGGUUGAAAGCUGUUUAAUAAAAUGCUGAAACACACAA